GUGUGCGUGUCUGCGUGUGUGUGUGUGUGUGUGUGCAUGUCUGUGUGUGCGUGCAUGUCUGUGUGUAUGUGCAUGUCUGUGUGUGUGUUUGAGAGAGAGAGAGGGAGAAAGGGAGGGAGAGAGAAAGAGAGAGAGAGCGUGAUUGAGUGUGUGUGUGUGUGUGUGUGUGUGUGUGUGUCUUUUUCCCCCCUUGGCAUUGUGGCCCUGCGGUGUAGAAGGAGCACACCGGACUGAGGAGCAGCUGAUGAGGAUGCCUCUCCCCGCGAGCACAUGGCCGAAUGUAAUACACUGUGAGGGCCUAAACAACCAGAGCUAUGUGUGUGAAGUGGGCCACUGUUGCGGCAACACGCAGUGCUGCAGCUACUACUACGAACUCUGGUGGUUCUGGUUGGUGUGGGCCAUCAUCUUCAUCCUGAGCUGCUGCUGCGUGUGCCACCACCGCCGCACCAAGCACCGGCUGCAGCAGCAGCAGCGGCAGCACGAGAUCAACCUCAUCGCCUACCGCGAGGCCCACAACUACAACUCCAUGCCCUUCUACCUAAGGUUCCUCCCCAACUACCUGCUCCCGGACUACGAGGAGGUGGUGAACCGGCCCCCGACGCCCCCUCCCCCCUACAGCGCGCUGCACCCCGCCGCGCCCGCCCUGCCCAGCGGCUGCUGCGCCCACGCCCACAGCCCCGGGGACCAGCCCAGCAGCCUCCUGCUGCCGCCGCCGCCGCCGCCGUCGUCCGCCCUCCAGGCGUCCUCGCCCCCGACCCCGGACGCCAGGAGGCCUCCCGGGCCCGAGGAGAUCGACCCCCCGCCGGGCUACCGCCGCCAGCGCAAGACCGCGGACGAGGACGACAAGGAGGAGGAGGAGGAGGAGGAGGAGGAGGAGGAGGAGGAGGAGGAGGAGGAGGAGGAGGAGGAGCACGUCAUCGGAGGCCCGGAGAAGCGCGGCGGCACGGGCAGCGGGAGCGCCGGGGACCUGCAGAAGGAGCCUCUGCUGGGGGGGGAGGUGCUGCUGCUGCAGCCGGCUCCUCCUGCUCCGGGGACUCAGGCAGAGAAGGAGAGGGGGGGCGGGGGUGGGGGUCGACACCGACGCUACACCGGUGACUCAGGGAUCGAGGUGUGCGUGUGCGGACGCGGCGGUGUCGGGGGGGUCGUCGGCGAGGGCGAGGGCGGGGGUCACAGGGGCUCGCUGGAGAUCCGCGACCCCAAAGCGGAACUGGAAGGGCUGCUGAGCGGCGAGCACGAGCGAGGCGGCGACGACGACGACGACGAUGGCGGCGGCGGGAGUAACGGCUGCGCGGACGACUUCUGCGAGGCCUGCAGCCAGCGCUCUGACACCGAGGGGCAGGUGGGCGGUGUCGAGAGGAGAGGGGUGGAGAGCAGGGGGGUGAUGUCCCCCUCGUCUCAGCCACACCCGCCGCUCACGCCGCCCGUGUGCCUCUUCCUCCACACCAUCAACGAGCAGGAGACGCCGCCGUGCAGCGCCACCGAGUCACACAGCUGAGCACCAGCUCCCUCCAUCUGGGACAAAGGGAGCGAUAGAGAGAGAGAGAGAGAUAGAGAGAGAGAGGGAGGGAGGGAGUGAAGGAACUGAAGAAGAGCAAUCAGUUUGAUGCUUGAUGUGCAACACAUAGGGGUUUUUUUUUUCUUGAACGUGUGCUUGAACUUGAGUGAAUUGUGUGUGUGUGUGUGUGUGUGUGUGAGAGAGUUGUGUGUGAGCUGUGUGUGUGUGUGUGUGUGUGUGUGUGUGUGUGUGUGUGUGUGUGUGUGUGUGUGUGUGUGUGUGUGUGUGUGUGUGUGUGUGUGUGCCCACAUAGUAUAAGAAGGCUUGUUGCUCGGUCGUUGUCCUUGGGGGUUUAAGUUUAAGCGUAUUUUGUACUGAAGCACCUUCCACACACAUAACACUGUGCGGUUGUGUUGAUGCCGCAGUGGCCUUUUUUUGGGCCUUUUUGCCUUCUGAUGGUAUUUUUUGGAGGAGUCUCUUUGGGCAGGCCCUCCUUGCUUUAUGUCUCUGGAUUUGUGCACCCGACACAGCGAGUGUGGUUACUUGUAAACACCCUGCCUGGCUGCCCGGCUCGUUUUUUAAAGAUGAGAUGAGCAGACAACAGUUAAAGGAUCUGAGCAAGACGGCCCUUUCCUGGCUAAAUAUUUUCACUGAGACUACAGCGCCACCUGGUGGAUUCACCAGGGACUAUUGUUCAGUUAACUUUUUUUGGUGUGUGUGUGUGUGUGUUUGUGUGUGUGUGUAUGUAGGAGGGGGGAAGACGUUAAGCACAAGUCAACAUGCCACCAGACAAGUGCCUUUUUUUGCAGAUGCAGUCCAAAGCUGUAUGUGAUGAUGUAUUUUUUUGCACUACAGGUGCUUUUUUGUUUGUUUGUUUGUUUGUUUUAUACCAAAAGAAGAUUGUGUGACCUCAUGUUUUUUUUUUUUUUUUUUUCGCUUGUUGAACGGAGAUCAUGAAAAUCACGUUAAACCAAAACAACAUGAUUCCUGUUUUUGCACUUGCUUGUGUUCUUGUUGUGUUCUUACAUUUCAUUCUCUUUUUUUUGUCCACCGUGUAUUACUACAAAUAUCUGCACAGUCUUAACCAACCCUCGACGGGACCCUUCUCUGCUUGCCUCAUCACAAUUUGUACAAAACAGUCUCUGUGAAGACAUGUUGUACACACCACCUCGAAUAAUGUCUGUACUGAUUAAGUGCUUCUGUGGUUUAGCUUCAAGUGCUUUCUUGGCCACAUUGCUACUUUAAAGACCUCACACAGUGCUUUUUACGUGACGAUAACCCAUAUGAAAAAUGUCUGCAAAAUUCACAUAUCCCUUUAUAAACAUGUAUAAAUGAUAACAGUGUGUUAUUAACACAUAAUUAUGGUCCCUUUCAUAUACACUAACAUAUAUGACCUCUCUCGCAUGUUAAAGGGCAUUAUGCCAUUUCAGCUUGAAAUGUAUAUGCAAGUUCUUUACUACAAAAUUCUUCACACAGCUAUAUUCUACAUGACAUGUGUAAUGUAUGUGUUUAUAGACCUUUUUUUCAUAUGGGUAGUCAGUUGCUGACUCCUGUCAGACAUUGCUAUAAGCUUUGCAGUGUAUUUGACAUAAUAUGAGAAUGUCUCACACAGGAGAUCCAGGUUGUUGUACUGUAUGACUUAAAGGGGUGACAUGUUUGUCCAUGGGUGCCGGGGAAUAUCUCAGGUUGACAUUACCGAAAUAGUCCUUUCUGAAUCAGAGUGAACUCACUUGUUGUACCAUGUCUAGAGAAUUGUUGUUGUUGUUAUUACAGUCGAAUGAUAUGGCCUAAGCGCGCCUAUUAGAGUGAUGAUGGUGAUGAUGAUGAGAAGAUGAAGGAUGCUGACAGUGAUGAUGAAGACAAUGAUAUUGAUGAUGAUGGUGAGGAGGAGAUGGAGGAUGCUGACAGUGAUGAUGAUGAAGACGAUGAUUAGGUCAAACUGGGAGCGUGUGGCAGACGCCUUAUCUGACGCCUCCACCACCCCAGAUGAUUUGCACACCACAAAGACCCACACACACCUCUGACACAGCAUAAACAAAAACAACAAGCACAUUCUGCUCUCAAGAUUGUCCUAGCCUAAGAGUUAAAAAAAGAAGAAGAAAAAUACUCAACCAUUUCAUAGUCUCUUUUACCUUGUGUACUACAUUUCCUCUCCGCAUGGCAAACCAUUGUAAAUGGAUGGAUAGACAUAACCUCAGUUGUUUACAGUCGUUUUCAGUGAGCGGCUUGGAGUGUUUAUUUAUUUGUUUGCUAUUGGUCAGUAUGAUUUGCAUCAUUAUCAUCCUCAUCCUCCUCAUCAUCUCAUGCAGAGUUACCAUCCCGUGUCUUCACAAUCAAAACAGAUCAUUUAAAAAAAAAAACGAUGCAGUUGUAAUGCCUUUAUGCCUGUAUGUUGGAUGCUGGGCUUUUGAAAUGCAGUUCUUCAGGUUUAAGCUGUUGUAGCAUACAGAAGAUCUCUCCGCCUAAUUCUUAUCACAUCUGAGAAAUUGUUUAUACAUGCUUACCAUUUAUAGUUUUGUAUAGAUAUAAAGCAAGUCCUUUAAUUUUUAUGGUACAUAUACUAUAAUCAGUAAUUAGUGAUUGAAGCAGAACUGUGCCUUUGUGAAAAUGUAUAAUGACGUCAAUAUAAGCUUCAGAACCACUUUUUUCUUUUCAAUUGUAGAUAGUGUUAUGGUAUCUUGGCUGAAUCAUUUAAAUGAUUAUGUAGAAAUUACUGAUUUUUCAAACAGAAAAGUAUUAUGUUCUCGGUUGUUUUGUAGAUCCAAAGCAUAAAGCCUAUUUUGAAAUAUCAAAUAUUGUAAUGGCGGUCUACGGCAUUGAAAAAAAAAAGGAAAAUGUCUACAUUUUGCAGUGAGUAGAUUUUAUUCCACUUUUAUUUUUUGGAAGGAUAAAGAUACACACAUAGGGCCUUCUAAAAUCCCACAUAUGGUGCAUCAUUAUGUCAAAGAUUGUCUGUAUCCAGAUUGUUUGGAAUUCAGGCAAACUUCUCGCCAAAAUGAAUGUCAAAAUGUUUAAUAAUAAAAAAAGACAUUUAAAAGUCUA